UAUGUGUGUAUGUGUGUGCGUCCUCUCAGUGACGGCUCUCCAGUCGUACAGUCCUGCACUGAGCGCACUGUGCUCUCGGUCUUCACGGACGCUCCUCUGUCUGGAUAUUGAAACUUGUUUUUCUUUGGAUUAUAUUCAUCUGAACGUUUUCAACUCCAACUCGAUGCAUAGAAAUGGGUAAACUGCACUCGAAACAUGCCGCUAUUUGUAAACCAAGGGAGAGUCCAGAAGGCGACAGUUUUGUAGUCAAUGCCUGUUUGGCGAGGAAGGGAAUCGACGACUGGCUCUUGAAGCAGAAAUACUAUUGCACGAGUUCUCGCCUCGAGCAAAAGGACUGUCACCACAAGAAUAACUGCGGUCUAGCCACACGGGACUCCAUGAAUGAAGCAUGUGCUGAGGCGAUUGGUGAAGAACACUACCGUUUAGAAGUGGCUUUACCGCCGGAGAAGACAGACAGCUGCUGUGUGGAGGAGAAGAUGCAGGAGAGAGACAGCCAAUCCCCCACAGGGCAGCAGAAACAGCUCCAGUUUGAAGAGUUGGAGUGUGCCGUGUCUGUGGAGGAAGAUAACAGGCAGGAGUGGACCUUCACACUCUAUGACUUUGACAACAAUGGCAAAGUUACCAGAGAGGAUAUCACCAGCUUGCUCCACACCAUCUAUGAGGUCGUGGAGGCCUCUGUCAACCAUUCUCCUGGCAGCAGCAAGACACUGCGGGUCAAGCUCUCUGUGGCUCCUGACUCCAGCCAGCGGUGGAGUAGUUGUACGCAGGGUGUGGCAGACACGUCCCACCCCAGGGAGAAAAAUGACAAGUGCGUAGAAGACCCCAAGGGUGUGGACAAGAAGACACGGGCGCUCCUAAGGCGCCACCACAGUGACCACCACACCCAGCCAGGCUGCCAGCACCACUGUGUGGAUGAGAACCUGGAACGCAGGAACCACUACUUGGACCUGGCAGGCAUUGAAAACUACACAUCCCGCUUCGGAGCCGCUCCCACUGCAGAGCCGACAAAGGCAGAGCCUCAGACCCGGUCAUCCAACCAGACUCGUUCUCGCUCCCAUGAACCAGAAAAUGGCCACUCCCACUCCCGCCACCAUCGCUUGCAGACUGUUGUGGACCCUGUUGCUCCAGAUAGCCUACAUCCUGCCCGGCUUCGGGGCCAAGACUCAGGGAAACAUGCCCUCCGUUCUCCCAAGAGCCACAGCCAUACAACUCCUGCACAGAUCAGUAGCAGGGUGAUAAGGAGCCGGAGUAUACCCCCUCCCCCAGCCCUACCUAGCCAGACACCCCCUCACCAGUCUGCAGCCCCCUACCGCAAGCACAAGCAGCGGUUCAAGGAAAGUCAAGGCUACCGUGCCUUUGGCUCGCUGGCAGCUUCAGGACCAGUGGUGGAGAAGGAGCAGGUGAGGGACCUGCCCAGCCUGCUGCUCUGUGAGGGGGGGCUGGCACAGGUGGUGCAGCGGCAUGAGCAUCACCACCAUCAUGAACACCAUCACCACUACCAUCACUUUUAUCAGUCCUGAAUUUCCUCACACAACUCAGCCCCCUUACAGCCCCACAAAACCCAGCCAGGCCUGCAGACUGCAGUGAGCUUCCUUCUCGAGCAUUGCGCUGCUAGGCCUGCAGUGGCUUUGUAGAGGACACAGGACACAGGGAGGAGAAGAGGACUGUUGGAGGGGGCAGUCUGGUGCUGAGAUGCUAUUAAUCAGUGUUAUUAUUGGUCUGACAUACAGAAGUUCGGGUACGCAGCAGGACAGUGAUUUGGGGCCACAGCAUGGCCAGGACUGAGGAGCACAGCUGGGGCUACAAGGGGAAUCGCUGACAAGUUCCUCCUCUCCGCGCUGUGUUCUAUUACCUUAUUAACGCCAUGGUUCCGACCCAGCACCACAUCGCUUUCAGACCACUAAGCUAAAUGGGUUAUAAGGAACAGGAGGGAGCAGAGGAAGAAAGACUGUGAUGUAAAGAUAAAAACAUAUGAAGGGAUAUAUGAGAACAGAACAGAGAGUGUGUGUAUAAAACCUUGUGUGAAUGUGUGGGUGUACAAAGUCUGUGUGUGUGAGUGUCACAACACUGGUGUCUCUUGCAAACCACUUUAAGUGCACUCAUGGGUGUGUGAGUAUUUAAAGCAGACUGUUGGGCAGGUUUCUGAGGAUGAAAAUGAAGAUUGUGAUCUAAGUACGCAGUACCCCUAAAGCAAAAUGGGAAGGAAAAUGUUGAAAUGAUAAGUACAAAAGAACAGAGAUCCCAAAUCCACUGCUACCUCUAAUUUUAUCUUAAUUGUUGUAAUGGUGACUUUGACUAAGCAUUCAGAGGUUAUUUUCUAAUUACUCAGAAACUUUUUGAAAGAGGACAAAUCCUAACACAAUCCACAGUAAUGAAGUGUCAACAAGCUCCGUACUUUUAUUAACUAACAUUUGCUGUACAUAAGGUAUGUAUUGCUAUAAGCUUUAUUGAUAAUGUGAUAUCUUUGUAUUCAACAGUCUGAAGCUUUUUUGUUUUCCUUCACAACUACACAUAACAAGACCACUAGAAUAUGUUCAACUGUGUUCCUCAGUCAGUCUCACACACUCCCUCU